AUGGCAAUGUUCCUGCUCUUUCUCGCCUGGAGAACAUUUUUGUGCGUUUCUUGUCACUUCUACAUUCCCGAUCUCCCCGUGAAGCGCUAUGUAAAACCAGGAGACAUCAACAUUGGGGCGAUUUUUCCCAUCUACAGUUACGACAAGGUCAAACCGUGCGGCAACCAAUUACGCUCAACCGUCAUUCUGCAAUUUAUCGAAGCUCUCGUUUUCGCCGUGGAACAAAUAAACGAUGAUAACUCCAUUCUACCUCAAGCAUCCCUCGGCUUUGUUAUCGUCGACGACUGUCUUAAAGAAACCACGACCAUUGCCCAAUCAUUGUCCUUUCUCCCUCAGCCAAACACAUGCACAUGCAACGACACCUGUUCGUCAACUAACGGAACAGCGACACCUGCUUAUGAUGUCAUCGGAGUCGUAGGUUCAAUGAAGAGCUCGAACUCGAUUGCUGCAGCGACCCUUCUCGGACCAGCUCAUGUUCCACAGAUAAGUUAUGCGUCUUCUAGCGAUGAGCUGAGUGACAAAAUACUGUAUCCAUACUUCCUGAGAGUUGUGCCUCCUGAUAGAUUCCAAGUUGAAGGAAUCGUAAGUUUGAUUCAAACAUUCGGCUGGAGUUAUGUCUCUGUGGUGUACUCAGAAGGCAGUUAUGGUGAACUUGGCUUCAAGAACUUGAAGCAGAGGAUGGAAGAGCUGGGAAUGUGUAUAGGAACGUCUCAUAAAGUUGCCGAGGGUUCAGAGCCGUCGGAGUAUGACAAGGUUGCUCUGGAACUGAAAGCCCACGGUAAGGUUGUAGUCGUUUUCUCUGGGCCGACGCAUGCCAAGCAGCUCUUCUCGGCUGUGAAGCGAGCUUCGGACCUAAAGAGGUACAUCUGGAUUGGCAGCGACGGCUGGGCGAAACGAAUCAAGAACCUGGCUGAAUUUUGGGAGGUAGCUCUCGGAGCCUUCACCUUCACGUUCUACUCCGAAGCGGUUCCUGGUUUUACAGAAUGGUUUCAGGAGAAAGAUCCCCUGUCGGAGAACGAUCCUUGGUUCAAGGAAUUCUGGGAGAGUCAGUUCGCAUGUUCUUUUGAUCCAGCUAUUGGCAAUCUCUGUGAUGGGAGUAUGAAAUUGUCACCAACCAGCUUCAAGCCUGUGUCCACAGUCACCCCGGUAAUGGACGCUGUAUUGACAUUUGCACAUGCUGCACAUGCACUGCUACAAGAGUCAUGUCCUGACCGAAAUGGAACUGACGCACGGGGCUGUAUAACGGGACCCGGUCUGCUGGACCAAAUACAGAAGCUGUCCUUCAUGGGAAACAAUGGACGUGUGUCCUUCGACGAGAGCGGGAAUCUUCUUGGCAGAUACAUGGUGGAACAGCUUGUCAGAGAGGGAGACUCGUUCAAGCAGAUACCAAUAGGAGUCUACGACUGUGAAAGGGGAAUUCUUGAUUUCCUGUUUAACAAUACCAUCACAUGGGACUACUUUUACCGAGCUGCGGACGCAGACAUCCCUGAAUCCGUCUGUAGCAAACCUUGUCUCCCUGGAGAAUUCUUCAUCCAAAAGGAACCACGAUGUUGCUGGGAGUGUAAGAAAUGCAGAGAGAAUGAAUACAUUGUGCAAAACGGUACCAAUUGUGCGCCAUGUCCUCUCUACUGGUGGCCAGACGUUUCAACAAAAUACAAAUCAUGCAUUGAAAUCAAAUCUACGUUCCUACUAUGGGGAGAACCCUUGUCAAUCAUGCUCCUAUUCUUCUCAUCUCUGGGAGUAAUAGCAACAACGAUCGUCUUCGUCCUGUACAUUCGUUUCAACUCAUCAAAGUGUAUCAAAGCAUCCAGCAGGGAGAUGAGCUAUUUGAUGUUGGUUGGGUUGUUCCUUGGCUUCGUGACUGUUGUCAUCCUGAUAUCUCCGCCAUCUUGGGCCAGCUGCCAGAUCAGUUUCUUCUGUUUCUGCAUCAGUUUCUCGUGGAUCUACAGUCCGCUUCUCACGAGGACCAGCAGGAUCUUCAGGAUCUUCGAAUCCAGUAAGAGGUCUACAAAACGACCAAAGCUAGUCAGCCCAAAGUCCCAGGUCAUCAUUGCCUCCGGGCUUAUUUUGAUUCAGGUCGCCAUAUGCAUCGCAAUCACUUUCAUAUACGCCCCCUCCCCCAAGCUAUCGAUGCCCGUGCGGACUGAAAGAUACGUGGAGCAGAGCUGCGACUUCACCCUACCUGGAUUAGCCUCGUUCCUGUCCUACAACCUCGUUCUGGUUGUCGUCUGCUGUUUCUUUGCCGUAAAGACCCGGAAACUACCGGACAAUUUCAACGAGUCUCGUUUCAUAUCCAUGUGCGUCUACACCACCCUGGUUCUGUGGUCAGCGUUCAUUCCUUCAUAUUUCACAGCGGACAGGCAGUACCUGAAGACGGUCAUGCUGUCGAUUGUUCUAAUUCUUAACAAUAUCGUCGCCCUUUGCUUUUUGUAUAUACCAAAGAUUUACGCUGCCAUGUAUCUGGAGACCAACACAGUCAUGCCCGCCGGGAGUACAAGAUUCGCCAGGUCGACAACUGUCACGAACAUCUCGGUGAACACUGAACGGAACGCCAACUUUCUCCAAGUACAACCAAUUAAUCCAUGA